GUUGUUGAAGAAGAUCUUGAAUGCUUGUGCUGGUAACUGAAGAAAUGUAUCAAACAUCCAUUGGAUUUUGUGUAAUUUUAUCCCUCUUCUACGGAUACUCAGCAGAGAUCUAUCAAGAGAAUAGCAUCGCAGAAGUUAAUUGUAACCCUAAAACAUCGGGCACCAUGACAUUCAUGUUUCACAUAAGCAGUACAGGUGCAAACUGCAUAUUAAUCGCCAAGCAGACGGAUGUAAAGUAUAAAGCGGAUCCUGAAAAAUAUAGUGGGCGCAUAGACAGCAACGGUAAUUUAAAUGUCAAAAUUAAGUCUUUUGCAAAAAGGACAGACAGCGGAGUGUACACCUGCGCAACCAUGAACAACAAUAAACUCUUCUUCGGAGAGGUGACUACAAUUCAAGGAGUACCAGAUCCAGUAACACAAGGUCCAAAAAUAAUUCAAUCAACACUGAAGCCUGUUGUUGAGACUACAACGAAAACGCAGUGUCCAUGCGAAAAUGGAGGUGUCAAUUUUUUAACAGCACCAAAGCCCAUGUUUAACUGUGAGACUUGGAUAUUUACAUCUCUGGCCGGAGGUUGUGCACUUUUCCUCAUUCUGCUGAUCGCAACGAUUGUGUACUGUAACCGUUUAAGAACAAGACGAUGUCCCCACCAUUACAAAAGGCAACCUCGAGGCCCACCUGCAGGCCUUGCGAAAAUGCCCAACAGCCACUUCUAGCUCCAGGAAAGAUGACCAAAGUUCAGUAUUGGUUAUAGAUAUCCUUGAUUUAGUUUUCUUCUCAACAAGUACAAUUUAUCAGUCAAUUUUUCAGUAAAGUUUCCUCUUUUUUAUGAUUAUUCAGUCUGUACAGUCUUCAGUUUUUAAUCAGACAAAAUGUAAAAAAAACAA